UACAAGCAAUAGGUUUCCGUGGGGUUCCGAAAAAAAAAUAUGAAAGUCUGUGAUGUUUAGAAGUAUUCUAACACUACAACUCAUCCAUUCAGUACCAUGGACAGUGGCACUUAACACCGUUUACUCUAUACCAGUAUAUCAGUGUGCUGUGGUUUUGUCUUAGCCUCAUCUCUUUUCUUUGUAUCUACUAUAACUCAUAAACACUGUUUUUGUAGCUACUGGGUUCGCUUUGUUACUGAGUUGCUUCAGCACAUUGUGAAACUAUACAUUAUGGGAAAUAUAAAUAUCCUCAAACGGCCCAAAUCACUCUUGUUUCACCACAGCUUUCCCAGUGUGAGCUAACACUGAACUAUUCUUUGAUCAUGAUUGUUGUAAUUUAUAUUUUCAACUCAAAGGGUCGCUGUUGCCAAGCGUGUUGCAAUUCAACUAGAUGGUUGUUUUUUUUUCUGUGUCCUGCCCCUUCUGUCGAUGUGUUAGACAUAAUCAGAAAAAGAGAGCCCGCGUUCAUGAGGAGCACUGCGAGGACUUGUAAUGACGGAAUACACGGUUUUCCUUGUUAUACUUGGAGUGUGAACGAUUUUUUUAUUUGUUUGUUUUUCUAUCUUCACACGGACUGUAUCGGGGAUGCUUCAUUUUUAGUGGCGCAGGAAGAGAAACGAGUUCGGAAAGAACAAUGAAACGGCAAGUACUGUUGUUUCUCCCGGUGCUGUGUCUCAGCUACGUGCUCGGGCAGGUCAGCUACUCAAUCCCCGAAGAAAUGGUCAAAGGCUCUGUAGUUGGUAGCAUAGCGCAUGAUUUAGGUUUAGAUCUUAAGAGGCUGAAAUCAGGUAAAGCUCGGGUCUACACGGGAGGCAGCGUCGAAUACAUCGGGCUGAAUAAAGAAAGAGGAGUCGUCCUUGUCCACGAGAGGAUAGACAGAGAGGCUUUAUGUGGCGAGAUGACGCCUUGUGCUUUACAUUUCCAGUUAAUUCUAGAAAAUCCUAUGGAACUGUUUCGUGUGACAGUGGAGAUCACCGAUAUAAACGACAACACACCCAGUUUUACAAAUACAGAAAAACGCUUUGAAAUUAGCGAAUCUGCGGUGAUAGGAUCGAAAUUCAUCUUAGAGAAAGCAGUGGAUUCUGACAUUGGGAGGAAUGGCUUACAACAAUACACCCUCACUCCAACUGAUCACUUUGUAUUAAAACUAGAAAAUCAGGCAGACGGGAGCAAAAAGGUAGAGAUGGUUUUACAGAAGCCUCUCGAUCGAGAGAAGCAGGAAUACAUGUCGCUGCAGUUAACUGCUAUAGACGGGGGAGAACCGCAGAUGUCAGGGACAAUGCGGAUAUUUAUCAAUGUAUUAGAUGUAAAUGACAACGCACCGGCAUUUGCCAAGCCUCUUUAUCGAGCAAAAAUACCAGAAAAUUCCCCUAAAGGCACCAGUGUAGCGACUGUAAGUGCGUCUGAUAGAGACAUUGGCUCAAACGGAGAAGUGUCGUAUCUGAUAUCUACCAGCAAACGUCUUUUAUCUGAGCUGUUUAAAAUUAACCCCAGAACCGGUGAAAUUAUCCUGGUCGGUGAAAUAGAUUAUGAAAAGGCUAAUUCUUAUCAAAUGGAUAUUGAAGUUGUCGACAGCGGUGGACUGUCUGAUUCAACUAAAGUAAUAGUUGAUGUUAUAGAUAUAAAUGAUAAUAGUCCUCACAUUAACAUUGUUUCUAAAUCAGAGUUCAUAUCAGAGGCCUCUCCACCAAACACUGUUAUUACUAUGUUGAGCAUAAACGACCCCGAUUCAGAGAAUAACGGGAAGGUUGAAUGUAACAUAGACGAUACCAUCCCCUUUAAAAUACAAACUACAUUAAAUGGUUUUUAUACUAUUGUUACAGAGGUUGCUUUAGACAGAGAGAGAGCCUCUGAGUAUAACAUCAGUGUGACCUGCUCUGAUGAGGGAGUGCCCUCCCUCUCCAGCAGCGUCACUCUCACCUUACAGAUCUCUGAUGUAAAUGACAACGAGCCUGUCUUUGAGAGGAGCUCAUAUGAGGCCUACAUUGUAGAAAACAACACACCAGGUGUGUCUGUAUUCACAGUGAGAGCCACAGACGCUGACUGGAACCAGAAUGCUCGUGUUUCUUACAUUCUGGAGGACUCCUCAGUGAACGGAGUGCCAGUCUCCUCAUAUGUGUCCAUCAGUGCUGAUAGUGGAGUCAUCCAUGCAGUGCGCUCUUUUGACUAUGAACAGAUCAAAGACUUCCAGUUCCGUGUGAAAGCUCAGGAUGGAGGCUCUCCUCCACUCAGCAGCAACGUGACAGUGAAAAUGAUGAUCCAGGACCAGAACGACAACCCUCCUCAGGUCCUGUAUCCAGUCCAGACUGGAGGCUCUGUGGUGGCUGAAAUGGUGCCUCGUUCAGCAGAUGUGGGCUAUCUGGUGACCAAAGUGGUGGCUGUUGAUGUGGACUCUGGACAGAAUGCGUGGCUGUCCUAUAAACUGCAGAAAGCCACAGACAGGGCUCUGUUUGAAGUGGGCUCCCAGAAUGGAGAGAUCCGAACCAUCCGCCAAGUGAGUGAUAAAGAUGCAGUGAAACAGAGACUGAGUGUUAUAGUGGAGGACAACGGUCAGCCCUCUCGUUCAGCUACAGUCAUUGUGAACGUGGCGGUGGCGGACAGCUUCCCUGAAGUUCUGUCGGAGUUCAGUGACUUUCCACACGACAAGGAGUACAAUGACAACCUGACUUUUUACUUGGUGUUGGCUCUGGCUGUGGUCUCCUUCCUGUUCAUCACGUGUUUGGUGGUUAUUAUCUCAGUGAAAAUCUACAGAUGGAGACAGUCUCGCAUCCUGUAUCAUUCCAACCUGCCUGUGAUUCCAUAUUAUCCUCCACGUUACUCAGACACUUUGGGGACAACAGGGACUCUCCAACACGUGUACAAUUACGAGGUGUGCAGGACGACAGACUCGAGAAAGAGUGACUGUAAGUUCGGCAGAGGUGGUAGUCAGAACGUGUUGAUCAUGGAUCCCAGUUGUUCAGGGACGAUGCAGCGGAUGCAGAGUGAGAAGAGCAUCCUGGAUGAACCAGACUCUCCUCUAGAGGUUAGUAAUUUGGGGUUUAAGUCACGUGUGACAUGUUAGCUUUAUCUAUGUAAA